AUGGUUUCUCCUCUUCCCAUUCCGCAGAUUCGUGCGCGGAAGGAUUCGGCUGCAGAGCGCAAGGCCAUGCGUCGUCCACCGCCGCUUAAGCUGCAUGACAGCAACCUGAGGAACAUGAAGACGCCAGUCCAGCUGGACGAACCGGAUAUCAGAAGCCUCGAGGUGACCCCGAUGCCCCCUCGCUCGCACACUCCCCAGCCCAACUCAGAUGAGAGCGACUCUGAAACCGGCGAGAUCCCCAUCACCCUCGCUCCGAGUCUGACUAUCUCGCCGCCGAAGCCGUUGCGCAACUAUAUCGAACUGGACCCGACCUCGUCUGAUUCGGACGACAUCGACAUCUCCCCCAUCACAACACAGCCUCGACCAUCGGUGUCCUCAGAAAUGAGACUGGCUCGUUUUUUCCCGGAGCUCAGUGGGCAUUUCCAAGUCGUCGCACCCUUGGACCGAGACGGGAGCAUGAAGAAGCCCGCCACCCCUACGCUGACCGGGAGGAACCUGGAAGAGCGAGCACAGAAUUUCUACAAGCAGUCGAUGAACGCCAAUAGGGCCGAGAAAAGGCGCGAGGCCGCCCGGAACUUGAGUCUUGACGUGCAAGGGGCAUUGGAGCGCAAGGCCAACCACUCAUCGUCCGGGUCCGAAGAGGUACAGGACGAUGGCUCAUCAUGCUACAGCCGGGACAGCAGCUCAGCGACCAGUGUUGACUCGGAGUAUGAGCACCACCAGGAUCGGGACCAAUUCUGGCCCCUAAAAUCCGCUGACGCUUACUCAAUCAUCUCCCCUGUGGCUGCGGGGGUAUUCGACGAUGCUGCUUCACUUCAUCCACGUGCCAACUCGGCCACUCCCAUGUAUCCUCCUCACCUCCCCAUUGACAUGGUCUGUCCCCCACGUCACCACUCAGUCACGACGGCCAAGAUGACCAUGGACCACCUGAAGAAUAAGCCGCUGCCCCUGGAGCCCCUGAUGGAGACCAGCCCGGCUUUCAAUUCCCUAUCGCUAUCACAACACACCAGGUCGCACCACUCACCGUCGACCCGUUCACCAUCCGUCCAGCAAAAAGACACAUAUCUGUCGCCGGUGCCUCGCCAUGCAACCAGCGCUCGACACACGAGCCAUCGGCAUCAUUUCCCACAGGAUUCCGCCCCCACUACCCCUCGGGCGUCUCGCAGUCAGCGUGAACACCGGCCGGGCAGCAGUCAUUCCACUCGCAAGGGCAGCAGCCAACAGCGCAUGCGCCAUGUCCCGACGUUAUCCCGGGCGACCGAGGAAUUGGAGGAUGCCUUGGUCGGUAUGUCGCGAGACAAGAACGCGCCCCAGCGGACCCUCCUCAUUCUAGAUGGGCCGCUCCAGAUCAGUCGCAACAACGGCGGCGACCUGAUUGCGACGCGACCGGCGCCCCUGCCUCCGCAGUCGGCCAAGGCGCACUCUUCGUCGAAGAGGCCCAAGGUCGACCGCAGUUUCUCCUAUGAAGCGUCCCGAACGCCCAAAAAGGAGAAACACAGCAGGUCGACCAAGCGGGGCUCGGAUGAGCUGGGCACUAGCGAGGCCAGCCGGGACGAUCGAUCCAAGAAGGCCGAGCCCAAAGACAGUCGGAGAUCCAAAAAACGCGACUCCAAGGAGAAGGCCGAGGAGAAGGCGAAAGAAAAGGCCAAGAUACAGAAGUCGUUCACACUGAAACUGCCGUCGUUCAGUCGCAAACCCAGCCAGAUGCAGGCGGCAGACCUACACCGGGUCAGCUUCAACUCGCGCUCGGAGACCUCGCUCGCCCCACCUGAGGAAGCGGCUGCUGACGCUAUGAUCGCCCUCCGGGGGCGCCAAUUGUCGGCGUCGCACUCAGAUCCCAACCUGAACGAAUCCACUAACCAGGCUGACCUGCGGAUGCAACUACCCCGUCUGCAAAUCAACGAUCUCGGCUUCAAAAACCCUUUCGACGACUACAGCCAGCAGCCCAAAGAGAUUUCCAAGUCGAAUCACUCCCAGACCGACUCGGACGACAGUGUGGACCCGAUUGACUCAGACCACGUCCUACACCUCGAGACCCCCAUGUCUGAACACGUCUUGCACCUCGAGACUCCCUCCGAGGAUGAGAAGAUUCUCGUCUCAUGCGACAAGAUGCGCCAAUCCCACGCCCUGGUCUCAACGUUCCAGGCCAGCAGUGUGCAUUUCCCAGAACAGGUUUAUGAGCUCGCUGCCUGCCCACCAUCCCCCACGGUGGAGGUGUAUGAGCUACCAGAGGAAGAGGCUCCAAUCCACCUAGUCUUUCCAGUAAAGAUGCCAGAGACGGCUCUCGUGGCCAUCAUGCAAAGCAUCGACUCCCUCGACGAUUUGUUCAAUUUUGCGAUCGUGAACAAACGGUUCUACGAGGUCUUCAAGCAACGCGAGCUAGCAAUGAUCAAAAACACUCUCUUCAAAAUGUCUCCGCCCGCUUGGGAACUCCGCGAGAUGAGCCCUCCAUGGGACACGGAAUGGCAGCUCCUGCUGGACUUGGACUCCCAGGUCCCUGAGUACACUCCAAGUUCGUAUCUCCGGAAAUACGCCCAAGACAUCUACACUCUUGCCCAGCUCAAGACUCUCGUCCUAGAGCGCUGCUCUCCAUUCCUGCGUCAUGAUACCGUGCGUGGAUUGGCGGGUGCGGACGUCAUUCGCGCCGAGGAGGUGGACGACGCCUUCUGGCGCAUCUGGACCUUCUGCCGCAUUUUUGGCAGCGGUAAGAACCGCGAAACAGACAUCGUCGGACAGAUGGAUUGGUUGAAGGGUGGCCAAACCGCGAAGCGCCUCGACUCCGCCUCAUCGAUGGCAGAGCCGUUCGGGAUGAACAACGUUCUCUUCGAGCCGCCUCAGGGAUUCGGUCGCGGAAACAUUGGCGGGCUAUCUCAGAGACAGAUGUAUGAUAUGACCGAGAUUUGGACGUGUCUUGGCGUUCUAUUGCAGCCUCUGCAUGGCAAGUGCAUCGAGGCGAGAAAAUUCGGCAUUUUUGACAACAUGGAUGUCUCGGAGGGGGACACUGUUAAGGAGGAGACGGUACUCGAGGAAUGGACUGCAUACAUAGCUACUCUCGGCCUCUCCGCCGUCCUGACGCUUGGAUCAUUGUGUCCCGCUGACACCACCUCUGCCACCUUCAAAAAGGCCCAGUCAAUAGGCCUGACCAAGUGGGAAGCGACCGACACCAACACCAGUCGCUCGUCGUUCCUGAAAGAAGCAGUCUCACGCGCCUACGAAAACCGGGACCGAGGCGCUUCUGCUCAGUCCCCAACCGACCUCGCCGCGAAGAGGACGUCAUCGCUGUCUAGCCAGCACUCCAACACGAACCGGGAGAGCCGCGAGCGUCAGGCAGCGUUUGCUAUCGAGCUUCGUAUUCGCCGCAUGCGUGGACAAGAUAUCCAGCCCGAUCACAAUCGAUCCUUCUCCGACGAACGGCCCAUGUCUGUAUACAGCACCGUCCUCAACGAUCUUAAUGGAACCGCAGACCGAGACGCUCCUCCAGUUCCGUCCGUGCCUGCUCUAGUGGUUGAUCGCUUCUCCAACACCUCGAAUGUCACGAGCUCCACCCCUGGUCCCCAAACCCCCAACCCCCAAACUCCUCCACCGAUCCACACUCCUCCUCCGCCGAUGCAAAGCCCUCGAUCAAUCCGCUGCUCUACGCCUACUGCUUCACUGGCACCCGCACCUCUGCGGCCUCAGGUGAUGGAUCCGGUCGAUCGCGCAAUCAACAUGAUCGUCAAUGAACUGGGCUUCGCGCAAGAAGAUGCCAAGUGGGCUUUGAAGAUCACGGACACUGGCGAGGGCAUCGAUGUUCCGGCCGCCGUGCAUAUGCUCCAGCGGCAAAGAAAGAAAAAUGAGCGCAACAAUAUUUUCUCCAACCGCAAACGCAGCAGCCUGCUCACCGACGUCAUGAAGCGAGAAGGGUCUACGGACUCGGGCUGGCGUUGGGCGUGA